AUGCCAGAUCAUAGACUAGGCCAGUUCAAAAAGCAAAAGGUAGAAGAUGACGCCGAGUCCGACUUUCCGACGUCUCAGCAAUCCAAUGACAGCGAGGAGCAACAGAUGAUUAAAGCGAUAGAACAGCAAUACGCUGCCGCACGCGAGAAAAAGAGGGCCGAGAGGGAGAAAAAAUUUCUGGACAUGGCUAAGAAGAAAUUAAACGAGGAUCUUGUGAAGUCAAGUGGGGACAUAAGGGAGGCCUGCCAAGCAGUAGAUGAAGUGUAUAACGCGUUCUUGAACGAUUAUGCAGUUAUAGAAGACAAGAUCGACGCAAAAUUAGCAAAGAUACACGAAUUGGAGGACAAACUGGCGAAAGUAGUCGCACAGAGACACAAAGCGGACGAGGAACUGGUAAGGACGCAGAUCCAGGUCCGGGAGUCGGCGCUUGGGAAGACCAAAGCCGCAUGUAAAGGUAUCCAGCUGUGA